AUGGCAACUACAUUGGCGGAUAUGGUACAGAUCGCGCCGUUUUAUGGAUCCAGCAGGAAGGAUCUGAACGUUUUCAUUCGGUCGAUAAAAGACGGAUACAACAUGACAGAGGAGACAACGAAGUCUGGAAAUAAAGGAAUCCUGGAUAAGAAGAAAGACGCUACGUUCGACAAGCGGGUCGAUGAAUUCAAGAAAGGAUUUGCACUUUCAGUAAUGGAUGGACGCCAUCGCAAGCAACUUCGUUCGAGGAGGUUGCGGUUGAAGAAUCUUACGAACCUAUAA